ACCGUGGAGGACAGAGGGAGUGUCGGCUGAGCAGCCUGACGUCCCGUGUGAAUGACUUGAAGAAAGAAAAACACACACACACACACACACACACACACACACACGUACACGUACACAAACACUGACAGGAGCUGAGCAGACGAGACGACCCCGGAAAACGGAGGAGACUCGUUUUUCUUUUGAAACUUCUUCCCCCCCGUCCUUCACCUGUAUGGCUCUGUGACGACAAAAGCAACUCAGUAAUGGAGAGCCCCUUUGAGGUGUCCCAGAUGGGUGCCCCCAAGCCAUCUGUGCCCCCCAAACCUCUGCUCACUCCCAAGCCCUUCUCCCUGCAGAAGAACACCACCAUUCGCUCCAUCAAUGCCCCAAAGGCGGCUGGUGUAGCCUCUAGGACAACGACACAGCGUACCGAUAAAUCUAAGGCCAAACCGCGCGCCUCCCCCCCGGCUCAGAAACCCCCUCAAAAAACCCUCGCCUCAGAUUCCCAAGCCAGCCCUGUGAGUGUGCUCACGGAAGAACUGCCCAAAACAGCCAGGGAGAGCAAAGCAAGCCCAGAUGGAGAGGACACUCCCGAUUCUGGUGUAGGAAAAUCUGAUCCAGUCACACAAGCCGCUCCACCAAAAGAGACACCCAAGUCCGAGUCAAUCCGUAAAGAUGAUGUCAACCAAGCAGACCGAAGUAAUGUUGUAAACACACCACAGAUAGACGGAAAAAAGACAGAAGACGAGGCUCAGACUUCUGCCGCCCAAAAUAUUCCAGAUUCGGGAAGCAACGCUUCUUCUGCAGACAAUGCGGAGAAUCGAUGGGGCGGCAGCAGGAAGCGGCUGUCCGUGAAGCUCACCUCAAAGUUUGAGUCAGUUGGCGUGUCUCUGCCCCCCCAGCCAACCAUCCCUGCAACCAGCACCAAAGGUGAUGCGAACAAACCAGAGGCCUCGGAACCAGAGGCCCCGGAACCUGAGCCGGGCCGCACAACACCGAAGCCCUCAGAUAGAGAGAUUGACGAAGGUGCACCGAAGGAGGAAUACAGUGGAGGAGGCAGUAUAAAACGCAGAAUCAGUCGCCUGUUUGACUCGUCGUCGAGGCCAGAACCCAUGACGAAGAGAGACGAGCCAGAGGCUGUAAAUAGUGUGGGAGGUGUGAAGGGUGUAAAGGAGAGAAUGAAAAUCUGGGCCGCAGAAACGACCCCUGACGAUCCGAAGGCUGAGAAGCCGCCUCCGGUUGCACCCCGAAGUCGCUCAAAGAGAUUACAACCAGCAACAGCUCCAACAGCGGUGAAAACACCCGAAAUACCAACUGUUGAACCUCCCGUAACAGGGACGCCGUCCAGCCAGGCCGUGCCUCUUCCCUCAAAGGUGUCCCCUGCUGAACCACCCACCGACAUCCCAAUGCAGACAAACAAAGACGCUGCCGCUGACGAUAAGUUCCCGGAAAGCUGGAGAGUAGAACGUAUGCAAAACCGAUCGACAGAGGUUGAUGUACAGCUACGCAAACGUAGCUCAUUCAAAACCCCCACCGUGGCUGAUGAGGGAGACUCUGCAGAGAGUGCUGAACACGCUCCAAAGAGGGACAACGGCAAACGGCGAUCCGUCCGCUUUAGUGUCGUGGAGAGAGACGACGGCGGGCCGCCGACGUUCCUGGGCUCCGCGUCUGAAUCCAGCGACGAAGAAGGAGAGGCUUCUGAGGCCGAAGCUGAGGAGGAGAUCCCCGUUUCGGUGCCCGUCUACAGACGAGUGGGAGGUCUUCAGAGGAAAGAUGAUGAUGAUGAUGAUGAUGAUGACAAAGAAGAGGGACGACUGAAACAUUUGGAAUUUGAAAGAAGGCGCCGAUCAGAGGAGCACGAUCAGCCACAACUCAAGAUGGAAGACGAGCUGAAACGAAAAGAAGAAGAAAAAGAAGAAGAAAGGGAGGAAGAAAAGGCUAGGCAGAAGAAAGAGGAGGAAAGGAAAAGAGACAGUCUGAAGGAGGAGCGCAUAGAGAGACAGAAGAGGCAGGAAUGGGAGAGAGAACAGUUGAUAGAAGAGGAGAGGAAACGGGAAAGGCUGAGAGAGGAAGAGAUGGAGAGGGAAAAGCAGAUGGAGAUGCUGCUGCAGAGACAGAGAGAAGAGGAAAGAGAGAGGGCAAAGCAGAAAGAGCUGAGACUUCAACACGAUCAGGAGGAGAGUGAAAAAGAAAGGCUGAAGGAGGCGCAAAGGGAAGAGGAGAGACUGAGGCAGGAAAGAGAAAAACAAAAGUUUAGCGAGGAGGCGAUUAACGAAGAGAAAAAACGAGAGGACGAGUGGGAAAAAGAGCAGGUGGAAAAGACAGAGAGACUGAGGGGAGAAGAGGAGAAGGGAGGAGAGAAUGGGGUGGAGCUGGUGGAGCAGAGACAGAAAGAGGAAAGACUGAGGAGAAGAGAGGAGAAGGAGAUUUUGGUUCGCAACCAUGCGGAUUACCAAAUGGAGGGAAAACUGAGAGAGACUGAAAUUAACAAAAAGAAAAAAAGAGAGGAGGAGUGGGAGAAAGAGUGGGUGAAAAAGACAGAGAGACUGAGGGGAGAAGAGGAGAAGGGAGGAGAGAAUGGGUUGGAGACGAUGGAGCAGAGACAAAAAGAGGAAGAACUGAGCGAGGAAAGAGAAAGACAGAGGAGAAGAGAGGAGAAGGAGAUUUUGGUUCGCAACCAUGCGGAUUACCAAAUGGAGGGAAAACUGAGAGAGACUGAAAUUAACAAAAAGAAACAAAGGGAGGAGGAGUGGGAGAAAGAGUGGGUGAAAAAGACAGAGAGGUUAAGAAGAGAAGAGGAAGAGAAGGAGUUGACGCUGAAGGGAAAGACAGAUGAGGACAGGGAGAGGGCGAGACAGAACGAGGAGAGACUGAGGCAAGAGGAGAGGCAGGAAGAAAGAUUAAGAGACAAAGAGAAGGAAAGAGAGAGGCAACAAAGGCUGGAAGAACAGCAAGAAAAAGAGGAAGAGUUGGAGAGAAUGAGGCAAAUAGAGAGCAAGAGAGAGGAAGAGGAGAGGAAGAGGCAGGCAGAGAGAGAAAGAGUGCAAGAGUUGGAGAGAGUACAGCAGGAAGUGGAUCAAAAGCGAGAACAAGACCUGGAGGAAAAGUUGAGACUGGAGGAGGAGAGAGGAAGGGAGGAAAUAGGGAGCGCAGCGGACACAGCAGAGUCAAAUUUAAUCCUCUUUGACUCCAAAGAUGUGCCUCAGAAGUCGGAAUCCCCAAAUUCCCCCGCUGCAAAGUCCUAUCAGCCCACAGAGGGUCAGCUGAAAGUCGCGUACGACGACUUCUCCGUCAGGCCGCCUCUGACUCAAGUUGUGUUUGACGACUUUUCAGUCAAACCAAAGCGAUGGGGCUCGCAGGCCAAAGGGGAAUCCAGUCCGCUCAGCCACCGUCGCUCAGCUGUCUCUGCGGAUAAAGGAGAAGUUCAGGCGCCGCUGGAUGUCACAAAUAGGGUGCUGGAGCAGGUGGAAAAACCAGAGAGCCCAGAGCCUACAUUAAGCUGGGAAAAUCCAAUGAAGGAAGAGGAAAAGCUCAUCUCCAUGGAGGAGGACGAGGACGAGGAGGAGGACGAGGAGGAGGACGAGGAGGAGGACGAGGAGGAAGAGGACGAGGAGGACGAGGAGGAGGAGGAAGAGGGGGGAGAAGAAAAGGAGACCCAGAGGGAGGACGAAGCGGAAGAAGAGGACGAGCAGGAGGCACCAGUUAACAGUUAUAGCACAAACAGCGAGGACACUGAUGCUUUGAUAGACAAUGAGCCAGACGAGCAGAAUGGGGCUGGUGAACAGACAUCUGAAACAGACAGCCCAAAGCUCGUCCCUGACCAGGUUCCUGAAGUCUCUGAGGACCUUGAUACCACUGAUUUUAACAGGGAGCCUGAGUACGCUCCAUUCCCUGAGAGCUCCACCGAUCUCCUCAACACCAGCGCACAGAAAUCAAAAGCCGAACUGGGAAGAAAACGAAAUCGGACACGUCCGUCACGCUCGCUGCAUGGCGGUUUUGCUCAUUUGGAAAGCAGGGACUGGAAGAUUGACGACUCCACAGAUGAAAAGGAGGUAUCUUCUAAGCAAAGGGAUCUAGACUCUGAGGAGGAGCAGCCUAAACCGAAAAUAGUCUGUUCUCCUCCUCCUACCACCUCUCAGAGAGUCCCCAUGUUUCCAGGUUUGAACCCUGCAGCCUUAAUAGCUCAGUUAAAAAAGAGGACAAGUGGAGGAAGAACUAGAGGAGGAGAAGAGGCAGAAGAAGACAAGGGACGGGGGGUGAAGGAAAGUCGAAAGGAGGAAGUGGCACCAUCUCCCUCACAACUGCCCCGCUCUUCUCGCUCUGCCGCUCAUCUGGCGGGGGCUGCUCGAGUGCUGCCUCCCAUAGGCGCCGCGGACCAAGGGCCCGUCUCCUCUCCAGCUUGGCUGAAAGAACUGAAGUCUAAGAAGCGCCUCAGUCAGUACGACAGCGGGACUUAGCCAGACGCAGAAGACACUGUGACUUUGCUGUUCAGCACGAAUCAAUCCAUCUCAGCUGCUGAUGCUGACAGACGCUUUGCCGUGAUUGCUCCAUUUUCAUCUUUGAGUGCCUUAACUUGGAUCUUUCUGCUUAACGUAGGGGCCAUCAAGAACUUUCCUGGCUUGUAAAUGAAAUAUGGUGCCACGGCUUUGUGCCAAGACUGUGAUGUGUUAAUGCCAAGUAGAUGUUUUAUCUACUGUUGUACAGAGACUCAAUGGAGGGGGAGGACACUAACGUAAUUUAGAGCAAAGCCAUGGAUUGUUUUACUGUUUAAAUGUUUUAGUCCAUUAUAUAGUGAGAGGGACUGACGACACUAGGCCUUCAUUAGGAUAUCUACAUAUGUAUGUACAGAAAAUGAUGACUACGAAUACUGUAUGCCACGUUAAGUGUGUUUAGUUUAAAUUGGACAAAAGGCCUUUUACAUCAUCUUUUCAAUCACAGAUUGUCUCAAGUACACUUUUAAGCACUUUAAAAAAAAAGAUAUAUAUAUAUAUAUAACAAAUUACCAUCCACACAGUACAACAAAGCAAUAGAAUCAAUCAAGGUCCUAACUGUAAUAUACAUGGUCAUGAGAAUCUUUAUAUUUGUUACACCAUGAAUAUCGGUCAUCUCUUUCCAGGUUCACACAACUUAAAGAUGUACAUCAUGUUUUUUUCAUGAAAAAGCCCAAUAGCUGGUCCAAAAAAUGAGCUUGGAGGGAAUUUUGAGCACAUAUUUGUGGGAGUGUUUUGGGACAUCUUUAACUCAGAUUACUUCACUUGAUGUUUUUAUGUGCAUGCUUGAUGUGAAGUCACUGUCAUCCAUGCUGUAAUUGUGUGAAAUCAACAUGCUGUAUGACAAAUGGAAAUCGAGGGAAUUUUAUUAAAACUUUUCUAUGAAAUGCAA